AUGGGUGCCGCUGGCUCACGGCAAAUGCAAGUUUCACUUCGGGAGAAUGGCGGCCAUACGCGACCGGGAGGCGACAUUCAUGUGCAGGACAUCCGACACGGACACAACGGCCAAUCCUGUGGCCGCUUGUUACAUCGGCGGACCAGGCAGAUGAGCGAGCGAGCGAGGCUUCGACCUGGGGAUGAGUUCACACGGGCGCGGGGGACGGAGUGGGCCUGGAUGAACCCCCGGGUGCGUCGGGGAGAUAGCUCUACACUGGCCAAAGAAAAGAGGGAUCCAGCUGUUGCCACUGAAGACAUCGUCGGGAUGUCCUGGCAUAGCCUCACUACUUUGUACCCCAGCCUUGGCCUUGAUGGUCGGCAGAGCUGCCUGAUGAGAAGGUGGGAAUUUCUAUUUGAUCAUCUACAGUGGGGCCAAGACACAGAUCCACCGGCAGUGGUACCGGAGCCGGGCCGGGUUCCUUUCCGGUGGUUGGUUCGGGUUGAGGUUGACCAUGAGGAAACACAUCGGGAUUAG